AUGUAUACAGCGUGGCGUCUGAAAGCGUGGCGCAUGUGGCGAGCCCCACGCGGCCGCUGGCGCCAGCCGUCGCUGCAGCCGCGGGACAACGUGCAGCAACAUACGGGCGACCACCUGGACAUCGCCGCCGUGGAGAGCGACCACAUGGGCCACUACGUCUGCACCGUCGACAACGGCGUAGGCUCACCUGUGGAGAAGCAUAUUCAUCUCGAGGUCAACUAUGCCCCCCAGAUCGCGGUCACAAACGACGUGGUGCACACGGCCGCCGGUCACGAGGCCCAGCUGGAGUGCAGCAUUCACGGACGACCAAUGCCUGAGGUGGAGUGGUACCGCGUGAAGCGGACGGCCCUGGACGAGGACCACUACCAGCGCUACCAGGAGGGCCACCUGUACGGCAUUCGGAUCGCCGAGGUCCGCGACAGUGACCUGGGUGUCUACAGCUGCCAGGCCGUCAACGAGCUGGGCAAGCUGGCUGCCACAGUGCUCCUGACAGGCAAGCCGAAGCCCGCCAUUAUCAGGUCGGAGCCAAACGGCAACCAGAGGGAGACGUACGCCCUAAGGUGGAGCAUGGAGAGCUUCGCGCCUCUGCUGGAGUACAAGAUUCUCUACAAAAGAGUGUCGGACAAGGGCGAGUCUGCUUGGCAGGAGGUCGUGUCGGCAUACCCCGACCGCUCUGACAACAGUACCAUGGUCGUCCACAAGAUGACCAUGAUGCUGCCAGAACUUCAGCCGGCCAGUGUGUAUGAAGUCCUGGUGACGGCCCGCAACAAGUACGGCUGGAGCGAACAGCCCGACACCACCUUCCGCUUCUCUACGCUGGGAGCCAAUGCGAAGACCGCCAAUCCAAAGGGUGGAGAGGCGCUGGUCUCGCCAAAAGGCACCGGCGCCGCCGAGGCACCACGAGCAGGAGUGGCCUGUCUCCUGAUGCUCCUGAUGCCUCUGAGGGCACUCUGGUGAACUGCAGGCGCAGACUAGGUCUGUCCUCGCUGGCCCAGCCUGAGGACGGCUCUCGGUCACCCGGACAACUGCUGCGCCUCCCGGGGGGACCGCGCUGUCAGCCCGCAGGACUGCUAAGGGACGUGGGCGUGGCGUGGCGUGACGUGACGUGACGUGACGUGAAAGGACUGCCACACCGGCGCCUCCGCUGGACGAGUGUGUGGCUCGUGUGAGCCUGAGCCAUGGCUCCCAGAGAACCGCGAAGCUGCAGGACGCCAGUGCCGCCCGUCAGCGGGGCAGGUGGCGCCACCAUCUCACCCAGCACGCGAGGGACGCGGCCGUUGCUAUGCCGACCGUGCGUGAAGUGUUCUGCGCAGCGCAGACGACGCCAUCGUCUCACGCCCGGGAGCGGGGCUACGUCUGGCAGAAGGCGCCAGCGUUGCCAAAUGACUGGAGUGGCCUCCGGCCUGUUGACCAGGAGCGAACUCCUGCCUGCUGACCAGGAACAAACUCCGGCCUGUUGACCAAGAGCGAGCACCGGCCUGCUGACCUGGAGCGAGCACCGGCCUGCUGAUCUGGAGUGAACUCCGGCCGACUGGCCAGGAGUGAGCACCGGCCUGCUGACUUGGAGCGAGCACCGGCCUGCUGACCAAGAGCGAACUCCGGCUUACUGACCAGGAGCGAACACCGAACGCUCCGACUAGUCCAGAGCGUGGCUGAAUAUGUCUGUGCGCGUGCGCGCGUGCAUGUGUGUGUGUGCAUAUGUGUGUGUGUGUGUGGCCGAACUGGGCGGCCACCAGCGUGGAUUACCCAUGGCUUCAGCGCCGACACAGCGGUGGUGCUCUCGCUCCCCGUGGCUGGUGGUGAGGUCCACCACGCGAACGCCGGGAUUUUUGCUGCUUGCUUGAGUCGGAAAAGACGAACUGGUGGUGUCAGUGGACGUUUCACCAGCGGUGACGUGCAGGAAGAGAUGGGUUGCGCCUGGCCGAUCAGCUUGGUCUGUCCGUAACGGCUCGGUCGCUUUGCAUGGUGCCUGACAAGUCACCGGGGACCCGGCCACGUGAAAGGGAGACCAUUUUCGCGGUGCUGAACUACCUGCGAACUAUGUCAAACAUAACUGCCUGCGCUUUAUGACGGUGCGUCCGAUGACUGAUUCUGCUGCUAGCUGUGGCUGGUGUUGUAACAUUCAUUGUAAACAGCGCAUCAGUCACUGGCGAUGGUGGCCCGUACUCGUGUUGUCGUUUAACAAGACCAGGCCAGUCCGCUGCAACUGCCUUGCCACACCUGUCAUCAUCCUAGCUGAAAGGCAAGCCACACCAGCACCAUAUCCGUCCUAAAUAGCAGCUCCGUUACCACGUAGGCCCUUUGCUCUGUGGUAUGAGCUAGCGACGGAUACAUGGGUUCCUCUGCACGCUGUAUGUCUUGAUGGCUUGGGCGGCUCGAUCUGUAUGCGCGCGCGUCAGUGUGCUUGUGCUUCGUGUUUCGUUCACCGCGGGCAGACGUCAUUUAAACGGGGCCUGUUACGUUUUAGGGGUACGGUCAAGACACGCGACCAAAACACGCGUUUACGCCGCUUUGUUGCGUGUUUGAGCUGCUGCAUAUCCAUCACAUCGCGGUUCAGUGAUUGGUUCGAAGUUAACUGAACGAUGUUUCAUGUUAUUUAACUUCCUGUGCUUUAUUCGAAUACUUUACAGCAGCAAUAGCA